CAAGUAAACAGAUCACUUCCUGUUUUCAGAACUGUAUUGACAUCCGUCUCAUACCGUCCUAUUUUACGCCGGUCUAAACUGACUUCCUCAGACGGUGUAGUAGCUUUUCCUCCUCUGUAAGGCCGCUGUUGUGUGGGGGGAGCAGGCUGGUGGUCUACAUGAGCAGCGGGCUGUAGAAGUCGAGCAGCCGGACAGGAGAGAUGAUGCCCGGGCUGAUGCUGGUGUUGCUCGGGGGGCUACUGGAGGUCUGCAGCGGAGUAUCAGCAAACCGAGGGGGGUAUCCCUCCUUUACAGACGAAAUCCCUUUCAAAAUCCACUGGCCAGGCCCUGAAUUCACACUGCCAUCUACAGGAGCUAUUUACAAGGAAGAUGACUUUGUAAUCAUGACCACAACAGAGAAGGAGAAGUACAAAUGUAUCCUACCCUCCCUGACAUCUGGAGAUAAUGAUGAUGAUAAGGAGUACACCGGGCCCACCCCAGGUGAACUGCUGGAGCCGCUAUUCAAAAGAAGCAGCUGUUCAUACAGGAUUGAGUCGUACUGGACCUAUGAAGUAUGCCAUGGAAAGCAUAUAAGACAGUAUCAUGAGGAGAAGGAGACUGGUCAGAAAAUAAGUGUUCAAGAGUACUUCCUUGGGAAUAUGGCACAGGAGAGCCAGUCAACGGAGACAGAUAAAGUUGAAGAGGCAGAAAAUGCAAAACCAGCGGUUGAAACGGAAGUGUCCUCUAAGAAUAUAGAAGGUCAGCUGACUCCCUACUUCGCCUUGGAGAUGGGAAAUGGGACCCCCUGUGUGCUGAAACAGAACGACGCUCGCUCCUCGUCUGUUCUGUACGUCUGUCAUCCCGAGGCCAAGCACGAGAUCCUGUCUGUCGCCGAGGUCACCACCUGUGAAUAUGAGGUGGUGGUGCUGACGCCGCUGCUUUGUGUGCACCCAAAAUACAGGUUCAAGUCCUCCCCAGUAAACGGCAUCUUCUGCCAGUCUCUGGCAGGUUCCCCUUUGCGGCCUCUGCGGCUCGCCCAGUUGGAUAAGGAACAAGAGGAGCAGCUUAAACCGCCUUUCAGCGCCGCCUCCGAGGCCCCCAGAGAGGAGCCGACACCCCCAAUCAGAGAGGAGGCCUUCUCCUCCACUCACAAACCCAUUACGGUUGGAGGGCAGACUCAGGUCACUGUGGGCACCACUCACAUCUCUCGCCUGACGGACGAGCAGCUGAUCAGGGAGUUCCUCAGUGGCUCGUACUGUCUGCAUGGGGGAGUAGGGUGGUGGAAAUAUGAGUUCUGUUACGGAAAGCACGUCCAUCAGUACCACGAGGAUAAAGAGCAAGGGAAAAACACGGUGGUGGUCGGGAACUGGAACGCCAUGGAUCACAACGAGUGGGCCGCCAAAAACAUAGCAAGAUCCUACCAGCUCAAAGACGACGGAGUGCAGAAAGUCAAGUUGGUUUCCCACUUCUAUGGCCACGGGGAUCUGUGUGAUCUGACAGGGAAGCCCAGACAGGUCAUCGUGAAGCUCAAAUGUAAGGAGUCUGAAUCUCCCCAUGCUGUCACGGUCUAUAUGCUGGAGCCUCAGACUUGUCAGUACAUCCUUGGGGUUGAGUCUCCAGUCAUAUGCAGGAUUCUUGACACCGCUGAUGAACAUGGACUUCUGUCAAUCUCCAGCUAAACUGAAAAAAAAGAUCAUAUGACAGCAAUGGAGCAUGGAGGACAAAGAGAGACCAGACAGCGAGAGGUGCACUUGAAGAGAGAACAUUUAUCUUAAAACAGAAGCCUGUUUUGUUUGAGGAAGAGAGAUGCCCAUGACACUGCGCCCAAAGCCUAAGGUUAAACUUGAUGCUGAGGCUGGACUUAAUGUAGCUGAGGAGCACAGACACUGACAAUGCUACAUCACAGCCUUAAAUCAGCAGGCUAGCUCAGACUUUUUGAAAACACAGCGGCCGGCGCCUCAGUCCACAGGGCAGCGCAUUCAUUGCCUGUACUCCAUAUCUAUGCUUCAAUUUGUUGAUUAAUUGCAAGCAAAGGAGUGAUGAAUCAGGGGAUUCACAAUCAUCAGGGGAAUCACAAUAUUCAUGGUGGUGUAAUUGUCUUUAAGGUUUAUUUGUGAGUGUGAUAUGAAAUUGAUUAGCUGCUUGUUUGUGGCACUUUGUACUUUUGUAGAUAGGGUGAAAAACAAGUGUUUUGCUUCAGUGAGAAUGUGCAUUGUGUUAAUUUACUGGAUGACUGAGUGUAACUUAUGCUUCAGAACGUGCUGUGGAAUGCCAACACAAGUGAUUUGUUGAUUAAAAUGUUCUUUAAGGUUGUUUUCAAUGUACAGAACGUCUGUGGGUUCCUGUAACAGGUAUUCUGUGGUUUUAUGAAGAGUCACACUGGGAUCCUUCACCCUGCUGUAUCGAAGGGGUACAAAUCAAUACUUUUCCAGCAAAGAAUAAAAAUGAACCAUGAAAACCUAAAA